AUGAAUAUUGGUGUAGUUUAUUUGGAACACAGUUAUAUUAUUUUUACGUGUCUCUCCAGAGAAAAAGGACAAACACCAAGAAUGAACGUUAACAGAGACGUCAAGCGGAUCCAAAGAAGGAGGGGGGUAUCUCAAAGAAAUUUGGAUUUGGAUGAUCUAGUUUUAAGCCUGCCACCACCCAAUUUGUCUGAAGUAACUUUAUCUGAAUCCGAUGGUGAGCAAGAAGCACGAGGCGAUGCUAUCUCUGACUUUGAUCAACAUUCUGAAUCAGAUAAUGAGGAUGAUAAUAUUCAAGAUUCUAGUGGAAGUGAACGUGAAAACUGGAAUAAUAAAGACGGCUACCGGAAUGGUAGGAAUGGGCAUAAUGGUAUUAAGGACUAUGAAAACAAAACUGACGAUCAAAGUUUACACGCCAACAAUAUUCCAAAUCUAGUACCACCCCCAGCAGCUAUAUCUGCAAUUAUGGAAAGUGAAAGUAGAAUUAUACAGCAACACCAAGUGAUAGCAAGAGAAAGAUCUAGGAUGAGACAAGAAGAGAGAAAACUAGCACGGCAGAAAGCAAAGGUCGGUAAGCAUACUUCUAAAAGGGCGCUUAUUCAGUCAAAGUCAAUUAAGAUUAAAUAUAGGAGAAUACCCAGUAAUAAAAACAAGCUUAUAUACGUUGACGUGAUUGCACAAAUGCUAAAAGAUUACAUCAAAGAUAAGAAUGUAUUGCAAAAAUACACCGAAAGAGUAAAAGAGUUAAAGAAAACGCUCAAAAAAAGAGGCAGAAGGGAGAGUGAUAAAACCAUUGAAUCGAAUUGUAGGGAAAUUUUGAACGAUUAUUACCAAAGAACAGAUGAAUAUUUUGGAAGUUUAAUUGAUUUGCGACUUUCCAACUCCCUAAUAAAGAAUGAUCUUAACAAAAUCAACCAAGAGAAAAACAUGUUGCGACUUCAAAUAUUUGAUCUACGACAGGAAAGGAAUCUGAUUGGCGUAGAAAUGAAACAAGUCCGUAAUGAGUUCAAAACGAUCAGAGCCAGCUAUUCUGAAAAUGAGAAGCUAUAUAAAGAUCUUAUUUCGCUGAAGGAAAAGGGCACUAUUGGGGGUGAAUCGAAUAAUGUAAUGGACUCCGUAAGACAUAAAUUGAAUAAAUUAGAAAGCAUGGUUGAUUCGAAACUUCAGCUUCUGCAAAACUUGAAGACUGUCAAUGAACUAUUACGAGAAAAAGUAGACAAGACAGAGUAG